AAGCAAGUGCGUGGCUUUAACAAACGGGCCGGGGCACAGCAGACGGAUACAGAGACAUGCAGUAGCAGAAAUGGAUAAAUUGAAUAUUUUAGUGGAUAAACCUAAUGAUCAGUCCUCCAGGUGGUCAUCAGAGAGCAACUAUCCUCCACAGUACUUAAUCUUAAAACUGGAGAGACCAGCUAUUGUCCUGAGCAUCACCUACGGCAAGUACGAGAAAACCCACGUGUGCAACCUUAAGAAGUUCAAGGUGUUUGGAGGCAUGAGCGAAGAAAACAUGACAGAACUGUUGUCCAGUGGCCUUAAGAAUGACUUUAACAAGGAGACAUUCACGCUAAAGCACAAGAUCGAUGAGCAGAUGUUUCCCUGCAGGUUCAUUAAAAUAGUGCCUCUGAUGUCAUGGGGGCCCAGCUUUAACUUCAGCAUUUGGUACAUCGAGUUACGCGGAAUAGAAGAUCCAGAUGUUGUCCAGCCCUGCCUUAACUGGUACAGCAAGUACCGUGAACAGGAGGCCAUCCGUCUGUGCCUGAAACACUUCCGGCAACACAACUACACAGAAGCCUUCGAGUCCCUGCAGAAGAAAACACGGAUCGCCCUGGAGCACCCCAUGCUCACACACCUUCACGAGCGCCUGGUUCUCAGAGGAGACUUCGAUGCCUGCGAGGAGCUCAUAGACAAAGCCGUGAGAGAUGGUUUGUUUAAUCAGUACAUCAGUCAGCAGGAUUAUAAACCACGCUGGAGUCAGAUCAUCCCCAAAUGUAACAAAGGUGACGGCGAUGAUAACAGGCCUGGCAUGAGAGGAGGUCAUCAAAUGGUCAUCGAUGUUCAGACAGAAACCGUGUAUCUGUUUGGAGGAUGGGACGGAACGCAGGAUUUGGCAGACUUCUGGGCCUACAGUGUGAGGGAGAACCACUGGGCAUGUAUCUCCAGGGACACAGAGAAAGAGAAUGGGCCAAGCGCACGUUCCUGCCACAAGAUGUGCAUCGACUCUCAACGGAGGCAGAUCUACACGCUGGGCCGUUAUCUGGACUCCUCUGUCAGGAACAGCAAAUCCCUGAAGAGCGACUUCUACUGCUACGAUGUCAAUGGUAACACGUGGACAUUGCUCAGCGAGGACACAUCCGCUGACGGGGGGCCCAAACUUGUGUUCGACCACCAGAUGUGCAUGGACUCGGAGAAGCACAUGAUCUACACAUUUGGGGGACGCAUUUUGACCUGCAACGGCAGCGUGGAUGACAGCAGGACGACAGAACCGCAGUUCAGCGGGCUGUAUGCAUAUCACUGUCAGGCUGGCAGCUGGAGUCUGCUCAGAGAAGACUCGUGUAACGCCGGCCCGGAGGACAUCCAAUCCCGGAUCGGACACUGUAUGCUCUUCCACACGAGAAAUCGCUGCUUGUAUGUUUUCGGAGGUCAGAGGUCCAAAACUUACUUGAACGAUUUCUUCAGUUACGACGUUGACGGUAACCACGUGGAGAUCAUCUCAGAUGGCACCAAGAAGGACUCAGGCAUGGUGCCAAUGACUGGGUUCACGCAGCGUGCCACCAUUGACCCCGAGCUCAACGAGAUUCAUGUUCUAUCAGGACUGAGCAAAGACAAAGACAAGCGCGAGGAGAAUGUACGCAACUCCUUCUGGAUCUACGACAUCGCACGCAACAACUGGUCUUGUGUGUAUAAGAAUGACCAGGCUGUGAAAGAGAACCCCACCAAGGCCCUGCAGGAAGAGGAACCUUGUCCCCGUUUUGCUCACCAACUAGUUUAUGAUGAGUUGCACAAGGUGCAUUACCUUUUUGGUGGAAACCCUGGAAAAUCCAGCUCUCCUAAAAUGCGGUUGGACGAUUUCUGGUCUCUAAAGCUGUGCCGUCCUUCCAAAGAAUAUUUGCUUCGACACUGCAGAUAUCUUAUUCGCAAAUACAGGUUUGAGGAGAAGGCACAGACCGAGCCCUUGAAUGCACUGAAGUAUCUUCAGAAUGAUUUAUCUCUUACCGUGGACCACUCUGAUCCUGAUGAGACCAAAGAGUUCCAGCUCUUGCCCUCUGCCCUCUUUAAAUCCAGCUCAGACUUCAUUCCUCUCGGGUUUUCAGACGUGGAUCAGACGUACGCCCAACGCACGCAUCUCUUUGAUACGCUCGUCAAUUUCUUCCCUGACAAUAUGACCCCGCCCAAGGGUAACCUUGUUGACCUCAUCACCCUGUAGCCACACCCGCCGGUUAGACCACACCCUCUUUAUAGUUCUCAGACUCCUCCAAAAAUAGAAGUUAUUUUUCUAUGUUUUCCACCUGAGGUGUGCCGUGCCCACCUAUCUGUGUUCCUCUUCUACAAAUGUAAAACCACUUUACAAAUCACUGAUGCUUAUUUAAAAUGCAGAAGUAUAAUUUUUUACUCUGGAGUGCCAGGGUUGGGAUUUUGUUUUGUGAAGAUGUGUCAGGUGAAGGUUGAAAUCUACAUAUCUGCCAAGAUGCAAACUGACUUAUUUAGCUUUUGUUUUAUGCUUGAUUUCAUUUGAGUUUUCUCUCUGACAGGUUGAAAUACAGGUGAAUCUAAACAGUUUACAUUGUAAAAGGUGUGGAUUUGAUUUAUGAGCGAUGUGUGAUCAACAUGAAUUUUUAUGGUCAAACACGCGUGCGAUAAGCCAAUGGAGGAAAACAUCAGAUCAGCUUCAGAGGUCUGUUCUGUCUAGCUCUGGAGGUUCUUAACAGGAUCCUAAUUUUACAUUUAAAUGUAUAUAAAAUGGGAACCAUUCUGAUGCAAUUGCCCAUUCUUGAAACAUAAUGUAAUAUCCUGGCUUCUAUGUAAACCUGCUGCUGCUAUUGGAAGCUGUCAAUGCGUCAACUCUUUAAUAGUGGUGAGACAUCAAAUUCUGAGUAAACCACAAACCUUUAUAAGUAAUAUAUAAACAUGUUUAGAGUAAACGUGUCCUACACACAUUUAGAUGCACAAGAAAUGUUUUCCUCUGUGUGUGUGUAGAAGGGCAAAUAUUGGUUGCAGGUGGUCAGUCGCUGUCUGUUGUUUCGAGUGCAUUAUAAUGAAAUGCAUUAAAUUCACAAUUUAGCAUUUACGGCAACAUCUUGUACAUCACAAUCAUAUCCGUUAGCGAAUGGAUUAGCGACCGCAUUUAAGAGAAAGACUGAAGAAGAUGUUGAAAUGAAUUCCACUAAGUGUAGAUUACUGAUUGUAUUGACUCAAUGUCUACAUGCGGCUUCUUUUAUCUGAUAUUUAAUAUCCAUUUCAACUGCAGAGACUGUUCAGCUUUUAAUGUGAAACAUACUAGUACCAACUCCACCUUACUGGGACCACCGAAGAGCCCCCUCACUAUUUAUUAUUAGAAUGAUCAAAGUUAUUUUCUGGAGCUUGAGCGUGACCAGGAAUGUCUUGUUUCAUCUCUUUUGUCCCUCAUUCCGUAUGAGCUGUGGGUUGUUUUGAAUCCCAGACAGAUAAAAGUGUAUGUUGGACUGCUUGUCUUCCAUGUUUUAGAUGUGUGCACGCAUGUCGGGUCUGAAGUUCGCAAAAACCCAAGUAAUUUGUGCAACAGGAGUGUUUUGCUUGUCUCCCGAUGCACGUGAAGUAAUUGAAUCGCUCUUAAAUUGUCUUUAGUGCCGGCCUCACUCACGCAAAACCAAAGGCUUAAAAAGACCAAUGAGGUAAUACGCUUUGCUCAUUGUGUCAACCAUCCCAACCUCCCUCAAUGUCAUAUUCCAAUUCCCUAAUAUCAGUAUUAGCUUUAGUUCUGCUCCUGCGCAGCCAUGCGUUUGUGGGGGUAUAUUCUUAACCCAGCAGAGCGUGGAAGUUUGACACCUUUGUGAUUAAACUAUAUGUGAUUUAUAGGGUUCAUUAAUGCUGUUUUCAUUCCUGGAAUGGACGCGUUUUCCAAUUGUGAUCUGGAUUUCAGGGCUUUCUUUGCCUUCUGUAGUUAAAGUUGUUUUGGUGCCAGGAAGAAAGAAAAAAUAAAAUCUAGACGGAAGGAUUGUCAUUUACGAGAAGAGACUUUUGUUGCACUUAAUGCCAAAUACGUUUUUGCUUUUGGUGUACAUUCUGCAGUGUCAGAGAUGAAAUAUUUCUUUUCCUCUUUCCUGGAUAUUUCAUCUCGACGGCGCCCUGUGCUCUCGAGCGAGGGCGCGGCGAGAUGACCGCACUACACUGUGGCUCUCAUGAAUGUGUAGAACCUAUUAAAGAACUGCAUUGUAUGUAAUGUACAUAAAGAAUAAAGAUUGUAUUUUGUUCAAGUUUUGUACAAAAACA